UGACGUUAGAGCCGGUGCAGUAUCGCCUUUCUGCCCUCAGGGGGCGACACUCAGCAGCAGCACUGCAGUCCCUGGAGCUGCACUGGUCAGUCUAGACACGGUGAUACAUCAGUAAUCCACUCUUUUGGUAGGAAAAUGAAAAGAAUGAUGAUGGAGACUUGGAGUGUAUGGUGUAUAUUGCUGAUCAGCUCGCUUUUUUUCUACGACUGCUCUGCCCACAAUGACCUCUACUCUUCCAUUGGCCAAAUGACAGAUCUGCUGUUUAUGGAGAAGGACCUGGUGACCUCUCUGAAAGACUAUAUCAAAGCAGAAGAGAGCAAGCUGCAGCAGGUCAAACAGUGGGUUGAGAAAAUGGAGACACUAGUAACCAUUGCUACGUACGACCCUGAGGGCUUCCUUGGUCACCCAGUCAAUGCCUUCAAACUGAUGAAAAGGCUGAACACAGAGUGGGGUGAAGUAGAAGACCUGGUGCUUAGAGACAUGUCUGAUGGAUUUAUCUCCAACUUAACCAUCCACCGGCAAUACUUCCCUAGCGAUGAAGAUCAGACUGGAGCAGCCAAAGCUUUGCUCCGUCUUCAGGACACCUAUAAGCUAGAAGCACAGGCUAUCUCCACUGGAGAUCUUCCUGGUUUGCCUGCUGAUUUGCCAUAUAAGGGCACUCUGGCAGUGGAGGACUGUUUUGAGCUGGGGAAGAUUGCAUACUCGGAAGCAGAUUACUAUCACACAGAGCUGUGGAUGGCACAGGCUCUGGAACAGUUAGAUGGCGGUGAGAAGUCAAGCAUUGAUGCUGUGACCGUCCUGGACUACCUGAGCUACUCUAUCUACCAGCAGGGGGAGCUAGAGAGAGCCUUGGAGCAUACCAAAAGACUACUGAUGCUUGAUCCAGCUCAUCAGAGAGCCAAUGGCAACCUAAAGUACUUUGAAUACCAGCUGGCCAAGCAGAUGAAAGCCGAGAGGGAUCAGAGAGGAACAGGGGAGGAGAAAAAGGAGCGAGAGAAGAGAGAGUUGGACAGGAAGAAGGAGUUUCUUACAGAAAAGGGCAAAUAUGAGCAGCUUUGCAGAGGGGAAGGUAUCAAGCUGACCCCACGCAAACAGAGACGGCUGUUUUGCCGUUUCUACGACAACAACAGGCACCCGUACUAUGUGCUGGGCCCUGUGAAACAGGAGGAUGAGUGGGAUCAGCCACGCAUUGUACGUUUCCACGACAUCAUCAGUGAAAGAGAGAUGGAAAAAGUAAAGGAAAUGGCCAAGCCCAGGCUGCGCCGAGCUACCAUUUCCAACCCUGUCACUGGUGUACUGGAGACUGCCCACUAUCGUGUCAGCAAGAGGCGUGCCACCGUGCAUGACCCCCAAACAGGGCAACUCACCACAGCCCAAUACAGAGUCUCCAAGAGUGCCUGGUUAGCAGCCUAUGAGCACCCAGUGGUGGACCGCAUUAAUCAGAGAAUUGAAGAUAUUACAGGUUUGGAUGUCACAACAGCAGAGGAGCUACAGGUGGCUAAUUAUGGUGUAGGAGGCCAGUAUGAGCCACACUUUGACUUUGGGCGGAAAGAUGAGCCAGACGCCUUUAAGGAGCUGGGCACAGGGAACCGCAUUGCCACCUGGCUCUUCUAUAUGAGUGAUGUGGCAGCAGGGGGUGCCACAGUCUUCCCAGAAGUAGGAGCAGCGGUAAAGCCAAUGAAGGGUACAGCAGUGUUCUGGUACAACCUGUUCCCAAGUGGAGAGGGAGACUACAGCACAAGGCAUGCUGCAUGCCCAGUACUUAUGGGCAAUAAGUGGGUUUCAAACAAGUGGAUCCAUGAAAGGGGUCAGGAGUUCAGAAGGCCCUGUAGUCUGCAUAAGACAGACUGAUGAUACCCUUCCUCAUCCCAUCCUCCUCCUCGUUUGUGUCCACUCUGUGGUUUAAGACCUAUGAGAUGCUCCUAAUUCAACCCCCAGCCCCACCCACAUUUGCCUUUAACGAUCAACCUAGGUCUGCCAUAUUUUAUUUUUAUUUAAAUGUGUGUGUGUGUGUGUAUGUAUGUGUGUCUGCCAGCAAAUUGCAUUGAUGCCACUAGUGCCUUUUAUCGUUGCGCAGAAUAGCUGCAGAGAAGAAAGAUGUCCCUCAUGACACUCCAUCUUUCCAGGUCUUAAUAUAGCUGAGGUACUAUGGGGAAAAUCUCAAAUUUCAGUACAGUACCCUCAUGGUACCAGAUUUAACUGAACUCACAAAUAAAAAAAACAUGACAUUUCAAAUCUAAAACUAUUUCAUCUAAACAUUUCCUGCGCACAAAGUCUACACUCUGGAGCCCUGAAUUCGGAUUGUAGCUAAGAAUGUGUCAGGAUGUCUGUCGACCUAUAGCUACAACUGUGUCAGAUUCCAUUAGCUGUGCCAUUGGAGUAUUUUGCAAUACCGUGCUUGCUCUUUGUCUGUGUCUGUGUGUGUGUGUCCAUGUGUUGGGAAGGUAAAGGAUAGGCUUAUUGCACUGAUUAUCCUGUAGGAA